CCUCCUCCUCCUCCUCCUCCUCCCCACCAUGGCGGACGUCUUCCCCGCGGGCGAUUCGAGCGCGGCGCCCCAGGACGUGGCCAACCGCUUCGCCCGCAAAGGGGCGCUCCGCCAGAAGAACGUGCACGAGGUGAAGGACCACAAAUUCAUCGCCCGCUUCUUCAAGCAGCCCACCUUCUGCAGCCACUGCACCGACUUCAUCUGGGGGUUUGGGAAACAAGGCUUCCAGUGCCAAGUCUGCUGUUUUGUGGUUCACAAAAGGUGCCAUGAAUUUGUUACUUUCUCCUGUCCCGGAGCGGAUAAAGGUCCUGACACUGAUGACCCUAGAAGCAAGCACAAAUUUAAAAUCCACACAUAUGGAAGCCCCACGUUCUGUGAUCACUGUGGGUCACUGCUCUACGGACUUAUCCAUCAGGGGAUGAAAUGUGACACCUGUGACAUGAAUGUUCACAAACAAUGUGUAAUAAACGUCCCAAGCCUCUGUGGAAUGGACCAUACGGAGAAAAGAGGGCGAAUUUAUCUGAAAGCUGAAGUUACCGGUGAAAAAUUGCAGGUCACAGUACGAGAUGCGAAGAAUUUAAUCCCUAUGGAUCCAAACGGCCUCUCAGAUCCCUAUGUGAAGCUGAAACUUAUUCCUGACCCAAAGAAUGAAAGUAAACAGAAAACCAAAACCAUCCGUUCCACACUGAACCCUCAAUGGAAUGAAUCGUUUACAUUCAAAUUAAAACCAACAGACAAAGAUCGACGGCUAUCUGUGGAGAUCUGGGACUGGGAUCGGACAACUAGAAAUGAUUUCAUGGGGUCCCUCUCAUUUGGUGUGUCAGAGCUGAUGAAAAUGCCUGCAAGUGGAUGGUACAAGUUGCUUAACCAAGAAGAAGGGGAAUACUACAAUGUGCCCAUUCCAGAAGGAGAUGAAGAAGGAAAUGUGGAGCUCAGGCAGAAAUUUGAGGGAUGUCAUGUCCGCUUCUUAAAGAAAGCCAAGCUUGGGCCUGCCGGUAACAAAGUGAUCGGUCCAUCUGAAGACAGGAAAUCCAGUGUGCCGUCCAAUAACCUCGACAGGGUCAAGCUCACAGAUUUUAACUUCCUUAUGGUGCUGGGAAAAGGAAGUUUUGGAAAGGUGAUGCUGGCAGACAGAAAGGGAACAGAAGAGCUCUAUGCCAUCAAGAUUUUGAAAAAAGACGUGGUGAUCCAAGAUGAUGAUGUGGAGUGUACAAUGGUGGAGAAGAGGGUGCUAGCCCUACUAGACAAGCCACCUUUCCUAACACAGCUGCAUUCCUGCUUCCAGACCAUUGAUCGUCUGUAUUUUGUCAUGGAAUACGUCAAUGGCGGUGAUCUCAUGUACCACAUUCAGCAAGUAGGAAAAUUUAAGGAACCGCAAGCAGUGUUUUAUGCUGCAGAGAUUUCCAUCGGAUUAUUCUUUCUCCAUAAAAGAGGAAUAAUUUACAGAGAUCUGAAAUUAGAUAAUGUCAUGUUGGAUUCAGAAGGACACAUCAAGAUCGCUGAUUUUGGGAUGUGCAAGGAGCACAUGAUGGACGGAGUCACAACCAGGACAUUUUGUGGGACUCCAGAUUACAUUGCCCCUGAGAUUAUCGCUUAUCAGCCGUAUGGAAAAUCCGUGGAUUGGUGGGCUUACGGCGUCCUGUUGUAUGAAAUGCUAGCUGGGCAGCCUCCAUUUGAUGGUGAAGAUGAGGAUGAGCUCUUCCAGUCAAUAAUGGAACAUAAUGUUUCGUAUCCAAAAUCGCUGUCCAAAGAAGCAGUUUCCAUUUGUAAAGGGUUAAUGACCAAGCACCCCGCCAAACGGCUCGGCUGUGGGCCUGAGGGAGAACAGGAUGUCAGAGAGCAUGCGUUCUUCAGGAGAAUCGACUGGGAGAAACUGGAGAACAGGGAGAUCCAGCCACCAUUCAAACCGAAAGUGUGCGGUAAAGGAGCUGAAAACUUCGACAAGUUUUUCACUCGAGGACAACCAGUCUUAACACCUCCUGAUCAGUUGGUCAUUUCUAACAUAGACCAAGCCGACUUUGAAGGGUUCUCCUAUGUCAACCCACAGUUUGUGCACCCCAUUUUACAGAGUGUUGUAUGAACCAAAUAAACAGGACCCCCACCUCCUCUCUGCCCCCACCCCCCAACCGCCACCCCCUUACCCACCCACAGUGGAAAAUUAAUCUUUAACCCUACAAUUGAAAGGCCUUGGCCAUGUUGAUUGCUCCGUGUGUUGGGGGCCUGAAAAUUCAAGGGUUAGAAGUCGAAAUGCGAUCGGCCGUUGAGGUUCGGUUUCGUAUCAAAGGAAAGCCCUAAUGGAAGAUGAAGCGGCAUCGGGCUCCCCGUUUAUGUCCUCAGAAGUCUGAUCCGGUUGUCGACCCCUGAUGAAGUCAGAAUCCUCCUGUUCCUUUUCGGCACGUUUCAGUCUGUUUUCCGUAACUCCCAUUUUGUCCCUAUUCCGCGACUCCCAUCGUAUCCACCUUCCUCAUUGGAAUUCCCCCACCCUAGAAUUUAGGAUGAGACCACCAGUAUCCACUAGGUGAGAAAGCCCGGGCUUUCGGAUGCGAAGCUCAGGCAGCCCGAAGAGAGGCGCCGGAGGCUCCUCGGACCGACGGACCCCCGCCGAUGGCCUCGGUCGCGACCGGCGGGCUGGCGGCCCACCGGAGAGAGGGAGAGAGCGGGAGCUGCACCUCUCACCGCGGCAGCCAGAGAACGCCCAGGCCGGGCUGACGGCCACCCAGGUAUCCAUCGGGAAAAGCGAAACGCCCGAGAGAGCUACGGCCCUGGGGGUCGGGAUGCCGUCGCAGUACAUCCUGCCAGGUUCGGGACUAGUUUCGAAUCUCAUUUUGAUGACGAGGCCAAAUGUUUUCGGGACAAUUCUAAGAGAGCAUGCGUAAUCAUUUCAGAGAAUGGAUCAAGUUGUGUAUUUAUGUUCAUCUCAAUCUCUACGAGAUUAUUCUGAGAUUCAGGGUGCCAUCGUUAGUCACGCCACUACUCAAGAGCAUCGUAGCCAACCUCGCAAAUACUCAGAUUUUGCUACCGACUUUGUUAAACUUAGUGAGAAAUGAACUGUAACUCCCCUUCCCAUUUUGUACUUAUUUAUUUGGUAGGCUGCAGUAGAAUUUAUGAAAGUACUAUGUACAGUAACAGAACAAAAGUACGGAAUAUCGCUUCGGCCCCGUCGGCCUUCUCCCACCUCUCUAUGCCUCCGAGUCAACCUAGAGGGGAAAAGAAGAGGAGAGCGGGUUUCCCAUUUCCUCUGGAUCUGUAAAGACACACCUAGAGCUGUAGAAUCAGGGAGCCUGAAUGAAAAUCAGUUGGGGGCGGGGAGGGGGGAAGUGGGGAGAAAGUUGUUGCUAGAAAGGAUUUAAUAUGUUUUGCAUAUGCAUCAUGCAAUGAAUUUUGCAUGUUUCUAAUAACCUUAAUAACAAGUAAAUCUAUAAUAUUGACAUAAUUGUAUCAAGUAUAAAGAUAGUAUUACGAUAAUUUUAUAAAACGA